CAUCAAGCGGAGCAACUGCUACAUGGUGUGGGGGGGGGAGUUCGCCAGCACCACGCAGCAGGCGCGGGUCAGCCACACCGACCUGGUCAUCGGCUGCUUGGUGGACCUGGCCACCGGCCUCAUGACCUUCACCGCCAACGGCAAGGAGAUCAACACCUUCUUCCAGGUGGAACCCAAUACCAAGCUCUUCCCGGCCGUCUUCGCCCUCCCCACCAGCCAGAACGUCAUCCAGUUUGAGCUGGGCAAGCUCAAGAACAUCAUGCCCAUCUCGGCCGCCAUGUUCAGCAGCGAGCGGAAGAACCCAGAGCCGCAGUGCCCGCCGCGGUUGGCCAUCCAGCUCCUGACGCCCGUCACCUGGAGCCGCAUGCCCAACGAGUUCCUGGCCGUGGAGACCAGCCGCCUGGGCGAGCGGCAGGGCUGGGUGGUGGAGUGCACCGAGCCCCUCGUCAUGAUGGCCCUCCACAUCCCCGAGGAGAACAGGAGACCUAGGAUACCAUGUCCCCAGGAUCCCAUCCCUGGGGGAUCCAGGGGACCUGUCCCCAGGAGAUCUGGGUGUCCCAUCCCCAGUCGACCUAGGAUACCAUGCAUCGACAUCAUGGAGCUGUCGGAGCAGCUGGAGCUGCUGCGGUUCCAGUGGCACACGCUGAAGCUGUACUGCGCCGUCUGCGCCCUGGGGAACAACCGGGUGGCCCACGCGCUCUGCAGCCACGUCGACCAGGCGCAGCUCCUCUUCGCCAUCGAGAGCCCCGAGCUGCCGGGGCCGCUGCGCGCCGGUUACUACGACCUGCUGCUGGCCAUGCACCUCGACGCCGCCCAGCGCGCCCGCGCCUCCAUGAGCGCCGAGUUCAUCAUCCCCAUGACCGAAGCCACCAAGAGCAUCACCCUCUUCCCCGACGGCGGGCGAGCACCCGGACCCCCCGGCGUGGGUCCCAGCGCCUGUUUGCGACCCCAACCCCAUUUCGCUGAGCCUUGUUUUGUCUUGGCGGCCGGCGGCGGGCGGGCGCUGCUCAGUCCCGGGAUCCCCUUGGGGGCUUUGGGGGCUCGGGCCAUCCGGAUGCUGGCGGAGGCGGUGGCCGGGGGGGGACCCCACGCCCGGGACCCCGUGGGCGGGCGCCGGGGAGUCCAGCCGAUCAACAUGCUGCUGCAGUACAAGGGGGGGGCGGACGAGGAGGAGUGCCCGGUGCCCGAGGACAUCCGCGACGAGCUCCUCGACUUCCACAAUGACCUGCUGGCACACUGCGGCAUCGAGCUGGCCGGCGAGGAGGAGGAGGAGGAGGAGGAGACGUCCCUGCGGCAGCGGCUGCUGGGGCUGGUGCAGAAGGUGGUGGGGCUCCGCGGGACGGCGGCGCAGGAGGAGACCCCCCCUGAAGAGCCCCCGGUGCCCAGUGAGGGGGGGACGGGGGGACGGGAUGGGGUGGCCCCUGGGAACAUCAUGAACAACAAGGUCUUCUACCAGCACCCCAACCUGAUGCGGGCGCUGGGGAUGCACGAGACCGUCAUGCAGGUGAUGGUCAGCGUGCUGGGCGGCGGCGAGUCCAAGGAGAUUCGCUUCCCCAAGAUGGUGACCAACUGCUGCCGCUUCCUCUGCUACUUCUGCCGCAUCAGCCGCCAGAACCAGGGGUCCCCCGCCAUCGGCUGGACCCCCUGCGGCGGCGAGCGCUACCUCGACUUCCUCCGCUUCGCCGUCUUCGUCAACGGGGAGAGCGUGGAGGAGAACGCCAACGUGGUGGUGCGGCUGCUGAUCCGGCGGCCUGAGUGCUUCGGGCCGGCGCUGCGGGCGCUGCCGGCCCCCACAGACGGCAACGUGGUGGAGCCGCGGAUGGCGGCCAGCUUCGUGCCGGAGCACAAGGCGCCCAUGGUGCUCUUCCUCGACCGCGUCUACGGCGUCGAGAGCCAGGAGUUCCUGCUGCACGUGCUGGAGGUGGGCUUCCUGCCCGACAUGCGGGCAGCUGCCUCCCUCGACACG